CGAGAAAUGAAAUAGGCCCGGCGUCCCUCCUCGUCCGACGUAAACAAAGAUGGACGUGGAGUUGGAGGAGGUCGCCAAGCUCUUGUUCGAAGGCGGCGUCCCAGAUACGUGGAAAGACAACGAGGAAUUUUCAAAUUACAUAGUUCAGCUCGCGUCAUGCGGUGUAGAAAAGCUUGGCAAGGAGGGUGGCCACCUGCGGGAGGAGAGGACGGCCAUUCUGGACCAGACGAGGGACCUGGCCUACACCAACUACAAGACGUUCAUUCAUACAGCUGAUUGCUCGAGAACCAUUUUCAAAGACUUCACCAGUGUUGAGAGCCACUUAGAAGGCUUGUCGUCAUGCCUGCCCAACCUUCGGAAAAGUGUGGAUGGGUUUUUGGCCACCUCGCGCAGCUUGGCACAGUCGCGGCACCUCACCUCACUCACGCUGACAAAGCACACACAGUUGCUGGAGAUCCUGGAGCUGCCACAGCUGAUGGACACAUGCGUGAGAAACAGCUACUAUGAAGAAGCGCUGGAGAUCUUAGCAUAUGUGAGAAGGCUAGAGAAGAAACACACAGACAUCCCUAUAAUAGCUAACAUCGUGAUGGAGGUCCAGGCAGGGACUCGGCUGAUGUUGAGCCAACUUCUGGCGCAGUUGCGAUCGCCUUUGGCCUUGCCGCAGUGCCUUAAGGUCAUAGGCCUUCUUCGGCGACUGGACGUGUUCACCGAGCCUGAGCUGAGGCUGAAGUUUCUGCAAGCGAGGGAUUCGUGGUUCAACAGUGUCUUGAAGGGGAUACCUAAGGAGGACAGUUACCAGCACAUCAUUAAGGUCGUAGAAGCAUCUCGAGUCCACCUGUUUGAUAUUGUGACCCAAUAUCGUGCCAUCUUCUCAGAUGAUGACAUGCGUUUCAGCCUAGGGGACCCAGAAGUCAAUGAGCAAGCCAUUUUCCAUGGGUGGAUUCUGCAUAAGGUGAACCAGUUCAUGAAGAUCGUAGAGAAGGACCUUGAGCGAGGUGUGGGCCCCAACCUGGAGGCUGUCUUGGCCCAGUGCAUGUUCUUCGGUCAGUCCUUCAGCCGUAUUGGGGCCGAUUUCAGGAACCUCCUCAUUCCGCUGUUCCAGAAAGCUGCCCUCUUGCAGUGUGAGAAGGACAUACGCACAGCCAACAUUAAGUUCGAUGAAACCCUGAGUAGCUUUUCGCUCAUGGAGGCGCCGUUGCUUAGUGCUCCGUCUGCCAUACAGGUUGAGACGCAGGAUAAAACGAGGCCGCCACUGACCCUAAUGGAAUUCCCCCCCCUGGCGCACUACAUGAACGGACUGGUGGCCAUGUUCAACACUCUUCGCCAGUGCUGCCCGGUGGCCACCCUGCCACAGGUCCUCAGUCUGCUGCAGAAAUCUCUGUCAAAGGUGGUUGCUGCCUUGCUGGAACUCCACCGCCUUGAGAGCUCAGGCUUCACCUCAAAGGAAGAGGCAGCCUUCCAGCGCAUGUGCAUGGUCGUGGCGCAGGGUCUGCUGCCCCACGUCAACGCCUGCUUGCGCCUGCUCUACCCACUUCAGCAGAUCUCUGUGAUCUCGGGUGUGUCAGUUACGCAGCUGCAGAGGGAGAACUUUGGCCAGUUAGAUGUUGAGGAACUCCUGGCCCCCAUUGAACACCUCUUGCCCAAGAAGGAAGAGAAGGAACUGUCGGAGGACAUGCUUUACAGCAGUCAUCUAGAGCCGACGUCAGCCUCUCCUGAAGAUACAGCUGAGGCCUCACUGGAACAACAGGAGUCCCUGAUAGAGGAUUUGAUAGAGACCUCAUCACAAGGAGGGACUGGGGCCUCGCCUACUGUGGGGACAGAGACUAACGAUGUCUCACCUGUUACUGAUCAGCUACUGCUCACUUCAGCUCUAACCCAUUCCAUUUCAGCAGAAACAAACCAGACAACAGAUUUCCUGCUCCUAGAAGCCACACCACCACCACCGGUUGCUGAAGGAGCAGCAGUAAUAAAAGAAAAUGCAGAUAAACCACACUUCUACAUUGAAUCAUCGUCUGAGCUAGGAACUCCCUCAGGAGACUCUUCUCUUCAGGGUUCAGAAACAGCCUCUAAUCAGGAGGCGUAAUAGCCACUUCUGACGUCUGUCUAACCUGUCACUUUAGCAAUUUAGGGCAAAACUGUUCAGCACAAUAGGAGUGGAAUGAAGUGGCAUGGGGGUAUUACAUAUAUCAUCAUUUUUUAAAAUAUUUACUAUAUUUUACUGUUGACUUGUUGUAAAAUGGAUUAUUAAAAUAUUUAUUACAUUUA